CGAGAGAGGAGAACUCUAGUUUAUCCAAGCAGCUCUGACAUGCUGCUCAUUUUUGGUCUCGGUACUCCGCUGCAGCUACAGCAGGAGAACGUGAUCGUCGGUGCCUUCACGAAGAUGCUCUACUCGCUUCCGGACAAUUCCACCUACUACACGGAGCCCGGGGUCUACUACGCGAGGUCGACCAAGAGCCGGUGGAGCAUAUACAAGCUCUUGGAAACGGCGUCCGAAGUUUUUGGAUACGGUGGAAAAGGGUGUAUCCUGAGGUCGAUCUGCGAGGCAGCCAAUGUCCCUUUCAACGCGAACCAUGGACUCUUCGGCCAGCUCGUCCACGCCUUCCUCACACCUUCGAGCACGAAGGAGGAUCUGGACGAGUACGAUGAUCGAGAUUAUCACGCUGCAGAACGCCAAGGUCAUAAGGACGGAGAUCACUGUGCCGAGCUUUAUCCCGAGUGCAAGGAAAGCAUUCUUGACGUAUUUACAACAAUCGAUCACUGGUUACGGUGGGGUGAUCCGAAUGAUCUCAUAAGCCGCAGAAUGUUCGGAACUUUGACCGUUCCUGAGAAGACAUUUCUGCGGCCAUUUGCCAUUCAGCCAGAAUUCUUUACCGACUUCUGGCUUAAUAUUGCAAACUUGAACGUUGCAGUGACUUUCGUGCGAGGAAAUUCACAUAUUUAUUCUCCUUAUACGAAUCGACUCAUCACCAUUUCGAGCGGAAUAAAGUGCAUCUUUCAUAAACGGGGGAAAGGAGAAACUGAGCAGAAGAAUGGAAGAGAAAAAUCGAAGAUGGAGGUUCUUUGCGAAAGAGAACGUGACGCUUAUUUCUUUCAAGAUACGUUUAAUACUUAUACAAAUGAAUUUCAAAUACGAGAAUUAUGCGACGUCGGGAAUCGUCAGGGGCGUCGGGCAAGCCUCAGCCAACGAGCGUCGAGCUUCAAUUACUUGGGUAAAUACAAGAAUCGCCCGAAGUGCUGUUGGUUAUGGCUCAAACGACGGCGCUACUUCGUAACGAUGUUUCGCGUGGAUCUUUUACUAAUUUUCUCCACUCUUUCCCUGGUCAGGGGCUUGUCAGUUUUAUUGUAUCCCCAAGGCACAGUGUUUCAGAUCACGUUCGGGCUCUCGACUCCUGUGGAACUGAACCUGCGGAAUAGGGCGAUGGUCUACUCAGUUGGCUUUCAACUUCAGUUCACAUUGCCUUAUAAUUUGACGCAAUUUGAACCGACUAUACUUCCUGCAAGAUCUACCAGAGACUUGACGUUGGAGGACACUUACGCGAGCAUCGAGAACUUGCUUGACGAGAAUGGCUGGAGCGACGGACGAGCAUGUCUCCUGAGAAGUAUCUGCGAACUGGCCGAGAGUCCGCUCGAAAGAGACGGGCAAGACUUCGUCGAAGAAGUCAUCCACUUGCUUCUAACACCGUCGGAGGAUCUGCCGGAGGCCUUUGAUUUCAAUCACCGAAGCGUUCACGAGAUGUACCACGAGGCGGAGAGGCUAGGCAAGAAAGGCGGAGACUGCAUCUUGGCUUAUCCUGAUUGCAUCAAAUCGCCGUUGGAAUCCUUUACGGAAGUUUUACGACUGAAUCCGGAGUAAGAAUCUAGUUACAUCAGACUGAAAUUGUUUACGACGUAGAGACGCGAGGAAAUCUCAAUGCGUUGGUUUGACCGUUCCAGCAAUUUCACACAAUCUUUUAACUCUCCCGAAUUCCUUCGGGCAU